AUGAGCGGUCUGGGUGGAUUGAACAAGACACAAGGCGGCAUUGUCAUGGCGGCAGUGCAAUCGCAGCUCUUCCGCGUCGACACCCCUGAUGACCUGUCGGCGGCAACUAAUCAUGUCUGCAACUUAGUUCGUCGCGCCAAACGAGAGUAUCCGGCCGUCAACCUUGUGUUGUUCCCCGAGUACUGUAUUCACGGGCUGUCAAUGUCGACAGAUCCCGAUAUCAUGUGCACUCUGGAUGGUCCUGAAGUCUCAGCCUUCAAGCAAGUCUGCGCGGAGGAGGGUGUCUGGGGUGUUUUCAGCAUCAUGGAGAAGAACGCCAUCUCACCCGGAGCGUAUCCCUGGAACGUCGGCCUCACCAUCAACUCCAGCGGUGACGUGGUCAACUACUAUCGCAAAAUGCAUCCCUGGAUUCCGGUAGAGCCCUGGUAUCCUGGAAAUCAGGGUGUAUCCGUUUUCACGGGACCGGGAGGAGUCAAAAUGUCUCUCAUCAUCUGCCACGACGGCAUGUUUCCUGAAAUGGCCCGGGAGGCCGCUUACCUCGGGGCCGAAGUGCUUCUGCGUACAGCUGGCUACACCUCACCCAUCAAGAAUAGCUGGGAGUUGACAAACCGAGUCAAUGCCUUCUCCAACCUCAUGUAUACCGUCAGUGUUGCUUUGGCGGGUGCGGAUUCAACCUGGCGAAGCAUGGGACAGGCCAUGUUUGUCGACCCCGAGGGCAACAUCCUGGAACGCGGUGACAGCACUCCUGACCACAUUGCCGCGUGCGAAAUCCGAGCAGACGAGGUCCGCCGACGACGACGAGAAUGGGGUGUCGAGAAUAACCUCUACCAGCUAGGUCAUCGAGGCUACGUGGCGGUAAAGAACGGAGCAAGUGAUUGUCCUUACACGUACAUGAGGGAUUUAGUCCAGGGACGGUACGCACAGGCCGAGGACCAAGAGGUAGUAAUCAAAGAUGGAUCGGUUUGUGGCUUUGCAUCACCACCUGACGCUGAGUAUGUUGACGAGACUACACAACGAGCUCUGUAA